AUGCGCCUCGUCUAGCUGUUUCCUCAUUUAGUUCUUUGAUUGUAUUCAUUGAAGUUGCAGUUGUAAGAACGGAAAAAUGGCAAGAACUAAGCAGACCGCUCGCAAGUCUACGGGCGGUAAAGCUCCCCGAAAGCAGCUUGCUACUAAAGCUGCUCGUAAGAGCGCUCCUGCUACCGGUGGGGUAAAGAAGCCUCACCGUUACAGGCCCGGCACUGUGGCUCUGCGAGAGAUUCGUCGCUACCAGAAGUCCACUGAACUGCUUAUCCGCAAGUUGCCUUUCCAGAGACUGGUCAGAGAAAUCGCCCAGGAUUUCAAGACCGAUCUCCGAUUCCAGAGCUCGGCUGUCAUGGCUUUGCAGGAGGCCAGUGAGGCUUAUUUGGUCGGUCUGUUCGAAGACACCAACCUGUGUGCCAUCCACGCCAAGAGAGUAACAAUAAUGCCUAAAGAUAUCCAGCUGGCUCGCCGCAUUCGAGGGGAACGCGCCUCCUUCUUCACGGUCUUGGCCACUUUAGACUUGGAUACCUUGGGCUUCUUUGGACUCUUUGCUGCCUUUUUGGGCUUUGCAGCUGGCUUCACUUUUUUGGGACUUUUAGUGGCUUUCUUGGCUACGUCAGGCUUCUUAGCCGCCUUCUUGGCUGCUGGUUUCUUUGCUGCUGGCUUCUUCACUUUCUUGGCGGCAGCGGGCUUUUUCGCUACUGGCUUCUUCGGAGGCACCUUUUUCUUCGUGGCUUUGUCCUUGGCCUCUGCCUGUUUUGUUGAUUUUAAAAGAUCCGGAGGCACCGAUCGUGCUAGCAAACACGGUGAGAUGGCAAGAACUAAGCAGACAGCUCGCAAAUCUACGGGCGGUAAAGCUCCCCGAAAGCAGCUUGCUACUAAAGCUGCUCGUAAGAGCGCUCCUGCUACCGGUGGGGUAAAAAAGCCUCACCGUUACAGGCCAGGAACGGUAGCUCUGCGAGAGAUUCGUCGCUACCAGAAGUCCACUGAACUGCUUAUCCGCAAAUUGCCUUUCCAGAGACUGGUGAGAGAAAUCGCCCAGGAUUUUAAGACUGAUCUCCGAUUCCAGAGCUCGGCUGUCAUGGCUUUGCAGGAGGCCAGUGAGGCUUAUUUGGUCGGUCUGUUCGAAGACACCAACCUGUGUGCCAUCCACGCCAAGAGAGUAACAAUAAUGCCUAAAGAUAUCCAACUUGCUCGCCGUAUUCGAGGGGAACGCGCCUAAGGACGCAGACACGCAAUACAGAAAAAAGGCUCUUUUCAGAGCCAC